ACACACACACUUUCAUACAAGCACAGACACACUGUUCCAGCGUCAGGCAGUCAGUCUCUACUCCGACUGGCCAAGGCUGCCUCAGGCUAUCCAGCGCAACACUGAAAUAGACAGACAGGAAUACAGUCAUGAAACCAGACAUACACACACAAACAAUAGGGGAUCUACAGCUGUGUGAGGCGCCGAACACACCCUCAGACCAGACGAAGGGAAGCAGAGUGUGGGUGCGCGUGUUUCUUUGACCCGUGGCUGAAGAGGAUUUUCCUGGUGUGUGACGGCACACUACUUUUGUCAUCUCGCUUUCUCUACUUGAUGCGGUGGGAUUUCCUGACCCUGGAGUUCAACAGCUGACCCACGCAGGCUUAGAAUCAGCUUCCCUGAGUUGGAAACCUGCAACACGGCUAAAGGUGCUGAGCGGUGCUGGUACUUUGCUAGCCUUUCCUUGGACUAUUUUCUAAUUCAGGCAAAAAGUUACACCUUCUCAUGCUACAACUAUGAAACAACAGGCACAUUUUCUGCAGAGAUAGGCUACUUUGUCUGACACAGCAAAUAACCGACUGUCAUGGCUUAGCCUAAAAUAAUUGAAUCAGGAAAGCCAACGUCAACUUUGUCCAGUCUGUUUUCUUUGGUAAUAAGAGGUGGGAGCUAGUACUAUGGCUGGACAUUUAUUCUGUUGAUUUUCCAAUUUGAUUUGUUUCUUAUUUCUUUGGGCGCAACUAAAAGGAAAAACACAAUUGACGUUUUUUUGGUCGAUAUCCCCGGCUUUCGUGAACCACGCGUUGCCUUUUCGCGGGUUUCGCAUGCCCAUCAGUACCUCUGCCCACACAACUCGAGCCUCGCAGCUGAUAUUUCACCUCAGUCACUGACAGUCACAAGUGCCAAGACGUCGUAAUAAACCAGAGUUUGACAUGGAGGGAGAAAACUCCAUUUAAGCUCUACAGGAUAAAUCAUUCACAAGGACAUUAUUCAGCAGCCUAACAGGAUGAGGAUGCAGGGAGAGAAACUGUUGCUAGUUCUUCUUCUGCUGCUGGGUGCCUGUCUCCAGUGGGUCCAGUCUGGCAUGUCCUCCCGGCACCGUGAUUCACACCGACGCCCCAGAGAGCACCGGGACCAUCGGCAGCACCGGAACAUCACGCUGGCCAUCAUCCUACCACAGAGAAACACUGCCUACCCCUGGGCCUGGCCCCGUGUGGGUCCGGCUCUGGACCGAGCCAUCAACACCAUCAACGCUGACUCAGCUCUCCUCCGCGGCCACCACCUGGGUUACGUGUUUGAGAACAGCGAGAACGAAGAAGGCAUCUGCUCUGAGUCCAUCGCCCCACUCAUGGCUGUUGACCUCAAGUUCGCCCACGACCCUUGGGCUUUCAUUGGGCCGGGCUGCGACUACACCUCCUCCCCAGUGGGCCUCUUCACCACCCACUGGGACAUCCCCAUGGUAACGGCGGGCGCCCCAGCCGUGGGCUUCAACGGCAUCAACAUGUACCCGUCCAUCACCAACACGGGCCCCACGCACAAAAAGCUGGGAAAGUUCGGCCUCCAUAUCUGCAAGCACUUUGAGUGGAAGGAGCAGGUGCUGCUCAUGUUCAGUGAUAACAAGAAGGACGACCGACCGUGCUACUUCGCUGUGGAGGGCCUCUACACAGAGCUGCACUUGAACAACAUCACCUCGGUGGACCUGGUGUUUGAGGAGAACACUGGACCUGUCAACUACUCUGACCUGCUCCACAACAUCAAGCAAGAUGGCCGAGUGGUGUUUGUGUGUUGCUCUCCGGACACGUUCAGGCAGCUGAUGGUUCACUUCCGGCGGGCAGGCCUUCCUCAGGAGGAGUUUGUUUUCUUCUACAUUGACAUGUUUGGACACAGCCUGGACUCCCAGAAUGCUCAACCCUGGGCCAGAGGGGACCAAGACGACCUUGUCGCCAAGGAGGCCUUCCAGAGUGUGAAAAUCCUGACCUAUAGAGAACCCCAGAACCCUGAAUAUAAAGAUUUUGUGAGGGACCUGAAGACAGAUGCCAAGAGAAUGUUCAACUUUACGGUGGAGGACUCACUGAUGAACAUAAUCUCCGGAGGGUUCUACGAUGGGCUGAUGCUGUACACCCACGCCCUGAACGAGACCAUGACCUCUCCAGAGGACAGACCUGUGGGGAAAACCGUAACAAGGAGGAUGUGGAACCGCACCUACAACGGUGUAACAGGCCUGGUGCAGAUAGAUGAGAAUGGGGACAGAGAGACAGACUUCGCUCUCUGGGACAUGAAUGACACCAACACCAGUGUUUUCCAGAUUGUGUUGGUGUACAACGGCUCUCAGAAGAAGCUGAGGGCCUUGCCUGGGAUGGACAUCCAGUGGCCAGGGGGCGCUGCUCCUUUAGAUGUGCCCGUCUGUGGUUUCAAGAACGACAACCCAGCAUGCCUUGCACGAACCAUCACAAUCCACCAGAUGGUAACAAUUGUGGUGUUCUUCAUCAUUAUCAUCAUCCUCACCAUUACUGUCUUCAUAUACAGGAAGCUGAAGCUUGAAAAUGAGCUGGUGGCUCAGCUGUGGAGAGUCUCCUGGGAGGAUAUUCAGAUGAGCAACAUGGAGAAAGUGCUGCGAAGCGCAGGCAGCAAGCUCACUCUGUCCCUGAGGGGCUCCAACUACGGCUCCCUAUUAACAGGAGAUGGAAACUUUCAGGUGUUUGCCAAGACAGGCUACUACAAGGCAAAUAUUGUGGCCAUUAAAUACAUCAACAGAAAACGCAUUGAGCUCACCAGAAACGUGCUGUUUGAACUGAAACAUAUGCGUGAUAUUCAGAAUGAGCACCUGACCCGCUUCAUCGGAGCCUGCAUCGACCCACCCAACAUCUGCAUCAUCACAGAGUACUGUCCUCGGGGUAGCCUACAGGACAUCAUGGAAAACGAGAGCAUCACACUGGACUGGAUGUUCAGAUACUCUUUAAUCAAUGAUAUUGUCAAGGGCAUGGCUUUCCUCCACAACAGUGUCAUUGUCUCCCACGGCAACCUGAAGUCGUCCAACUGCGUGGUGGAUAACCGCUUUGUGCUGAAGAUCACCGACUACGGCCUGUCCAGCUUCCGCACCGAGAGCAACACAGACGACGCCCAUGCUUACUAUGCCCGGAAGCUGUGGAUGGCCCCAGAGCUGCUGAGGUUGGAGAGACCCCCUCCAUGUGGCACACAGAAGGGAGACGUCUACAGCUUUGGCAUCAUUCUCCAAGAGGUGGCGCUACGCCACGGAGCCUUCUAUCUGGAGGGAGAGCCGCUCAGCCCCAAAGAAAUCAUGGACCGGGUGGCUCUGGGUGAGUGGCCGUGCCUGCGGCCUGCUGUCAACCCUCAGAUCCACAGCCAGGAACUGGGCCAACUCAUGCAGCGCUGCUGGGCAGAGGAGCCCACCGAGAGGCCCGAGUUCAGCCACAUCAAACUGCUGCUACGCAAACAGAACAGGGAGUGCAGCACUAACAUCCUGGAUAACCUGCUGUCCCGUAUGGAGCAGUAUGCUAACAACCUGGAGGAGCUGGUGGAGGAGAGAACCCAGGCCUACCAUGAAGAGAAACGCAAGGCUGAGGCCCUGCUCUACCAGAUACUACCACAUUCAGUGGCUGAGCAGUUAAAGAGAGGGGAGACGGUACAGGCUGAGGCCUUUGAUUCAGUCACCAUCUACUUCAGUGACAUUGUAGGCUUCACAGCCAUAUCAGCUGAGAGCACACCUAUGCAGGUUGUGACCCUGCUCAAUGACCUCUACACCUGUUUCGAUGCCAUCAUUGACAACUUUGAUGUUUACAAGGUGGAGACCAUUGGUGAUGCCUACAUGGUGGUGUCCGGCCUGCCGGUGAGGAACGGGAAGCUACACGGCCGAGAGAUUGCCCGCAUGGCCCUGGCUCUGCUCAACGCCGUACGCACCUUCAAAAUCCAACACCGGCCUGACCAGCAGCUCAAACUACGCAUUGGCAUCCACAGCGGCCCUGUGUGUGCAGGAGUGGUGGGGCUGAAGAUGCCACGGUACUGUCUGUUUGGAGACACAGUCAACACCUCUUCACGACUGGAGUCCAAUGGUGAAGCGCUGAAGAUCCAUGUGUCUGCGGCCACACGUGACGUCCUGCAGGAGUUCAACUGCUUCCAGCUGGAGCUGAGAGGAGACGUGGAGAUGAAGGGGAAGGGGAAAAUGACCACCUACUGGCUACUGGGAGAGAGCAAGAACAACGAGUCAACGAGCUAAGGGGACGAGCCAAGGGAAGGAGGGAGGAAGGUCAUGAAUGAAGAAGUGGUGGAGGCAAACUUGAGCAAAUUAUGGGAACCACUGAUUUGAAGUGCUGGAGCAAGUAAUCAAAUGAAGAGGCCUGGUGAAUGAAUGAGGUGGGUGGGUGGGGGGGGGGGUAGAUGAGGAAGAGAACAAGGAAGGAGGAUGUGGAGAACUUUCUUCACUUCAGCCCUCUUGCACUCGAACAUCUAGAUUUUAAGGACAUAUAGAAAGCUACAUGUUCUGAGAGUGUGUGUGUGUGAUGUUCUGUGUAUACGUUUUUCCAGUUUUAUUUCCGUGUUGGAGGUUUUGGAUGCAACACUGAUGGUAUUUUAGAUUGGUUCAAAAAUUGGUUCACAAACAAACCUUUACAGGAGGUUGUGGAUAUUGCCACCUGGUGGUCACAUUAUGUAACUGUUUUUUUGAAUUCAUAUCUUUUAUGAGUACACAGUAUCCCACUGGGCACAGACGUCAGCUCAACAUCUAGUUGUGAUUUAAAUUUGGUUGAGUUGUCAACUAAUGUGAAUUCAAUGUGAAAUAAACAAUAAAUAUCACUAUGUCAUUGGAUUUAGGUUAAGAGUUGGGUGAAAAAAAUACAAAAUGCCCUUACGUUGAUUACUUUUUUACAAAUCCAAUCAGUUUUCCAUGUUUCCAACAUCAUCACAUACAUUUUCGGGGUUGAAAUGACAUAGAAAUUACGUUCAAACUUCUUUUACCCAGUGGGAUUUAUAAUUAGAUUAAUUUCCACUGUAGCCUUUGUGAUUAUGUAUCCCCAGACCCCAACCACAAUAACUGAGCCUACUCUGGAGUUAAAAUGACUUGUUUGAUAUGUGUGUGUGGGUGUGCGUGUGUCUAAUGUCUCAUCAGUGUAUAUGAUUUGUCAGUUUACAGUCAUAUUACGGUCUUAUUAUUUGGUAUAAUACAGAUGUUGUUUAUUUCUCAAUAGAUUACUUUUCUAUUGCCUAAAGGGCAAUUCACAGAAAUGCACUUAAGAUAAAGUCAAGCAUUCCACUUC